AUGCCGCCCAGAGACGACAUUGAUGACAGCGAGGAGCGUAUAGGCGCAGCUGUCACGCAAGUGUUUAAGCAUCCGUAUGCUGCGUCACUCCUUAAGAAUUACACGUUCGUGUGUAGCGCUGUAAUUCUAAACACAUAUUGGGUCUUGACUCUAACGAAGUGUUUUGAUUCAAGCGUAAUGUCAUCGUAUGUCAGCCACAAGUAUCUCAGCAACUACACAAUACGAAGCGGCAGUAACUAUAACAACAAGGGCGGAAAUAUUUCAAAGAUUAAAUUGUUAGUAAGCAACUAUGACUUCAAAGUAUGCGCCACGAAACUAGCUGAACCCCUGGUUUUUGACGCGAGAGUACAAGCUGUAAAUAUUCCGCGAACUGAUGAUGAAGUAUCCUUGGGCUAUCUUACUUCACUAAUAGCUUGGACACCAACUGGGCACAUUCGAGUGGUGAACGCACCAGUAAUUGAUCCUACCAUUUGUGACUCUACCAAGCUGUUACCAGGAAACUAUAUUUGCAUUGGAGGUGUUCAAGAUCCCAACAGGCACUUUUGCAGGAAAGACAACGGCGGCGCUGCCAUACAAAACAACACUUUAAUCGCUAUAACCGCUUUUCUGCACACCUGUGCACUUUAUACGAAAACCCACGCCUUCCCCAAAGCCGCUAGCUUCGCUAAAUGGGUCGACACUGUCAUUUGGGACGAAGACAAUCGACCAACAACUACAACUGUGGCUACCACCACCACUAUCAGCACGACGGAAGAUAGGAAUCCAUAUUUUGGUGACCCAAGGAAAUUUAUGCUGACGCUGCCUUUUGACCCAGUCAAUGUCCCCUUGCAACCCGCUGAAGACAAUUCAGUCUUGCCAAGGAUGAGCCUCUACGAGUCGUAUUUACAUAACUUGGCUAUAAUGAGAACAUCGACUACUGUCAAUCCAAAAAUCGAGGAGAAAAGGAAAUGGUUAGAGAAGUUCGGGAAAAUGGUAUCAAAACAAUUUCCUAAGAAGUAUGAUUUUGACUAUAAUUAA